GAAGCAAGUAGAGAGUAAGACCCUUAUGUGGGAGGAGGCAAGGUGUGGGAAUGGUAGCAGUCUCAAGGAAGCAAAGCGAAACAAACAGGUGGAAUGAGCUGGAACCACAAGUUCGUCAUCCCCCGGCUUUGCUUCUUCACUCAGAGGUGGUGUUGCUAGGUGGCUAAGAAUGUGACUUCUAGGGUGACAUGAUGGUGCGUGCUCACUUGGGAGGUUGAGGGAGGAAGAUUGCUACAAGUCUGAGGACAGUUUGAACUAUGUAGUGAGUUCCAGACCAGAUGGGGUUACACUGCAAGACCCUGUCUCAACAGCCAAACAAUAGAAGGUUUGAAUCCCUGCUCAGCCACUCACCAGCCGUGUGACCUCGGUUAAUGUUAUAUAACCUUUCUUUGCCUCAGUUUCCAUAUCUGUGAAAGAAAGAUGAUAAUCAUAGUGUUCUACCUCACGGAGUUAUUUAGAGAGUAAGUGAGAUAAUAGAUGGAACACAAAUGAGGCAGAGUCCUGAGAACACUGUCUGGCCCAAAUUAAGCACUUCAUGUUUGUGUGUUAUUCUUAGCUACUGAGUGGCGUCCUCUGCCAGUUUGGUGGCUCCCAACACCUCUUACUUCCCUCUCUGCCCACCAGUGAGCCAAUGUGUCCCCAUGACAGAAACCAUAAACCCACCCUUUCUGAGAAAAAUCUUCAUUUGUUCAGGUCUGUGUUAUAGAUGUUGGGUUUGGAGUAAUUUCAGUUGGGCUAUUGGGAGUGAUUGUUGGGGGACAGAUAGGAAUAGCAAACACUACGUCAGAUACAGCUCUCAGCACUCUGUGGACAUUAAGUCAUCUUUGAACCCUAGGUUUCCCCUAAACACUAAUACCUGUGGCUUCCAUGCCCAGACCAGGUGGACAAUGGAGUUUGGUCAGAAGAGGAGGAACCUUGGAGUGGUGAAAAGUCUUGAGGGGAGGACUUGAAGAGGUGCCUCUCCAUUAUCUUGGUUCCGGGGCCUGGAGGGUGAUGCGGUGGCUGCAGAGCUUGGGCUGGACUUUCAGCGAUUCCUGACCUUGAACCGGACCUUACUUGUGGCCGCCCGGGAUCACGUUUUCUCCUUCGAUCUUCAAGCCCAAGAAGAAGGGGAGGGGCUGGUGCCCAACAAGUUUCUGACAUGGAGGAGCCAAGAUAUGGAGAAUUGUGCUGUUCGGGGGAAGCUGACGGACGAAUGCUACAAUUACAUCCGUGUUCUUGUUCCCUGGGACUCGCAGACACUCCUUGCCUGUGGAACAAACUCAUUCAGCCCCAUGUGCCGCAGCUACAGGAUAACAUCACUGCAGCAGGAGGGUGAGGAGCUGAGUGGGCAAGCUCGGUGCCCCUUUGAUGCCACCCAGUCCAAUGUGGCCAUAUUUGCAGAGGGCAGUUUGUACUCAGCCACAGCAGCAGACUUCCAGGCCAGUGACGCUGUGGUCUACAGGAGCCUUGGACCUCAGCCCCCGCUCCGUUCUGCCAAGUAUGACUCCAAGUGGCUGCGAGAGCCACACUUUGUCUAUGCUUUGGAACAUGGAGACCACGUCUACUUCUUCUUCCGGGAGGUUUCUGUGGAAGAUGCUCGCCUGGGGAGGGUACAGUUUUCCCGGGUAGCCCGGGUGUGCAAACGUGACAUGGGUGGCUCUCCUCGGGCCUUGGAUCGCCACUGGACGUCCUUCCUCAAGCUGAGGCUCAACUGCUCUGUCCCUGGGGACUCCACCUUCUACUUUGACGUCUUACAGGCCUUAACUGGGCCUGUGAAUCUGCAUGGCCGCUCUGCUCUCUUUGGGGUCUUCACUACUCAGACCAACAGCAUUCCUGGGUCUGCAGUCUGCGCCUUCUACCUGGAUGAUAUUGAACGUGGGUUUGAGGGCAAGUUCAAGGAGCAGAGGAGUCUGGAUGGGGCCUGGACUCCUGUGUCUGAGGACAGGGUCCCCUCACCCAGGCCAGGGUCCUGUGCAGGUGUGGGUGGAGCUGCCUUUUUCUCCUCCUCUCAAGACCUACCUGACGAUGUCCUGCUCUUCAUCAAGGCACACCCACUGCUGGAUCCCGCUGUGCCACCUGCCACCCAUCAACCCCUCCUCACUCUCACCAGCAGGGCUCUACUGACCCAGGUAGCUGUGGACGGCAUGGCCGGGCCCCACAGAAACACCACAGUCCUGUUUCUUGGCUCCUCUGAUGGGACAGUACUGAAGGUGCUGCCUCCAGGGGGACAGUCUCUGGAACAUGAGCCUGUCAUAUUGGAAGAGAUCAAUGCCUACAGCCCUGCCCGGUGCAGUGGGAAGCGCUCAGCCCAAGCUGCAAGACGGAUCAUAGGGCUGGAGCUGGACACUGAGGGUCACAGGCUUUUUGUGGCCUUUCCUGGAUGUAUUGUCUACCUCCCUCUCAGCCGCUGUGCCCGCCAUGGGGCCUGUCAGAGGAGCUGUCUGGCUUCCCAGGACCCGUACUGCGGAUGGCAUCGACUCAGAGGCUGUGUGAAUAUCAGGGGAUCUGGCUGGACCGAUGCUGAUCUGACUGGGAACCAGGAAUCCAUGGAGCAUGGUGAUUGCCAAGAUGGCGCAACCGGAAGUCAGUCUGGCCCUGGAGAUUCUGCUUAUGUGCUUCUGGGUUCUGGCCCUUCCCCUGAGACCCCCAGUUCCCCCAGAGAUGCCCACCCAGGGCCCCAGUCUUCUACUCUUGGAGCUCACACGCAGGGCGUGCGCACAGACCUCCCCCAAGCCUCAGCCUACCGCUCCAUCCCCAUCCCACUCCUCCUGGCCUGUGUGGCGGCAGCCUUCGCCCUGGGCGCCUCCGUCUCCGGCCUCUUGGUGUCCUGCGCUUGUCGUCGCGCGAAUCGCCCUCGGAGCAAGGACAUCGAGACCCCGGGGCUGCCGCGUCCUCUCUCCCUCCGCAGUCUGGCCCGGCUGCACGGUGGCGGUCCUGAGCCCCCGCCUCCGCCCAAGGAUGGAGACGGAGCGCAGACGCCCCAGCUCUACACGACCUUCCUGCCCCCGCCCGAGGGUGGGCCCCCGCCGGAGCUGGCCUGCCUGCCCACCCCGGAGUCCACGCCCGAGCUGCCGGUGAAGCACCUCCGCGCCUCCGGGGGACCCUGGGAGUGGAACCAGAACGGGAACAACGCUUCCGAGGGCCCGGGCCGCCCUCGGGGCUGCAGUGCGGCGGGCGGGUCGGCGCCCCGCGUGCUGGUGAGGCCCCCGCCUCCCGGCUGCCCGGGGCAGGCGGUGGAGGUGACGACGCUGGAGGAACUGCUGCGCUACCUGCACGGCCCGCAGCCGCCCAGGAAGGGCGCCGAGCCGCCGCCCCCCGCCCCGUUCCCCGCGAGGCCGCCCGCCCCGGAGCCCGGCGCCGCCCUGUUCGCGGACUCCAGCCCGCUGCCGCGGGACUGCGUGCCGCCGCUGAGGCUCGACGUGCCGCCCGGAGGCAGGCGCGCAACCCCCGGCGGACGGCCCGCCCUGUCGGCCCCCGCCCCGCGCCUGGGCGUCGGCGUCGGCCGCAGACUGCCCUUCCCCACGCACCGCGCGCCGCCCGCUCUGCUCACGCGGGUCCCCUCGGGAGGCCACGCCAGGUACUCCGGGGGGCCCGGGAGGCAUCUCCUGUACCUCGGCCGGCCCGACGGCUGCCGCGGCCGCUCCCUCAAGAGGGUGGACGUCAAGUCUCCGCCGUCGCCCAAGCCGGCCCUCGCCGCCCCGCCGCCGCCCGCGCCGCACGGCGGCCAGUUCAACUUCUGACGGCAGCCGCGGGCGCCCGUAGAGACUGGAGGCCGCCGGCCCGCCCGGACCCCCGGAGUCUCCCGGGGCCCCCCUCUCGCCCCGGUUUAUUUAUUGACUGUAUUUCCCCCUGGCCCGGAGAGGGGGGCGAGGAGCUCGCCGCCCGGAGCGCCAGCACUUCGGGGGAGCUGGCUGCCCCCCGCUCCCCGCCCCCUUCCAGCCACGCUGCCUUAACUCGCCGCUCCGGGCUCCCGCGGACUGGGCCCCGGGCGGGCCGGCCGGGGCUGGAGCCGCGCGCUGUGUACAGAGUCCUCGGGCCUCGUGGGGCCGGGACGUGCCUCCUCCUACUGUGUAGGAGCCCCCAACACCCCGUCUUCCCAAUACAGCCGUGUCCCCCCACCCCCAGCCGCUGCCUGACUUUCCUCGCGGUGCGGGAGGGGGAGGAGGGCGGGCCCGCCCGGCCCCUCUGGGUGCCCGCGCCCCUGAAUGUCUGCCUUCACCUCACCUCGGGCCCCCAAGUCUCUCCGGAGUAAUUGGCUUGGCGGCUGUCCCACCGGGGUUAAUCAGGAAAGGUUUCCUGAAGGAAGGAGGCAGGCGACCUGGUGGGGGUGGGGGGUGAGCCAGGGCCCAGGAGAGUAGCGGGGUACAGACGGGGGGCGCUGGGGAAAGGCACUCGGCACGUUUCUGAAUAGAGGUCAGGCACCUUUUUACGGCUUACGCUGUGGGGUGGGGGAGGGAACUUUUGGAAAAAUAAAACGAAGCUGCUGCGUGAUUUGAAUUUCACAUCAGCAAAUCUUGUCCUCAAAGAGAAAACUGGGCUUGGAAGGGUUUGCGUUGCUUGAGCCUUAGGAUGCAAAACAAAACAAAAACCCGCAGAAGAGCCCUGUGAGAGGCAGGGGUGUGCCCCAGCAACUGGUUCCCUCAAGGGCCGUUCCAGCUGCUAGCUAGAGCGACUGCUCGCUGUGGCCCUCGCGAUGCUCCUUUACUCUGGCUGCAGAUACUUGUGAGGUAUCCUGGGUACCAAAGGGAGGGAUGGCCCGGAACGCUUCUCCCACCCACCACCCUGGCGCUAGGACCACUUAAAGCCUCCCGUGGGUGCUGGCUGCGCUGGAGGAUUUGCUGGAAUCUGGCAGGCGCGUGGCGGCAGCAUCCGCCCUGCUCCAGCGCCAGGCCGGUUCGCGUUGGCGCCUCCCAGAGGCCCGACCAAGCCCUACAGCUGAAUAAGCCGCCAGUUCUCUGGUGGAGAGGAGGGGAAACUGCUGAGAACAGUUUCGGCCAAAUAGUUCCGGAGUGUAUUGUUUACCCUUGAGACUAUAACUCUGCCUUAAGCCUCCUUUCUCAUCUGCAAUAACACUGUCGAGAGGCUCAAGUACUAUCAUGUGCAAACGCUUUGUGAAAGAGAAACCGGGAAACGGCGGUUCCUCCUGUGUCACUCGUUUAAGCCCUGUAUGCCAGAGUCUGUAGUCUGCUUUUCCUAGACAA